GAGGGGGGCGUUGGAACGGGUCUCCCUGUCCGUCUUGGUCCUCCGCGGCUCUUCCCUCGAGCGGCAAUUAUUUAGCUAAAUAGACAUGAAGAUCUAAAUUAAUCAUUUCUAUGCGGAGCCAUGAACCAUUCCAACCCAAGCUUUUUACGAAACUAGCCCUCUCCCCAUCCCCCGCCCUACGCCUUCCCUUCCUCCAAGUUCCCCCCAAAUCGAUUUCUCUUCCGCCCGACGCCCGAUCUGGAUCCCUUCAAUCCCAUCAGAAAAUAAAGGAAGGAACUUUUGGGGUGAUUCGGUGAUUAAGGGAUCCAGCUCGAGCGUCGUUGCCGAGAUUUCUACUGGGUUUUUCGCGGAGAUUUGGGGAUUUUUGGUGGUUUCGAGACAGUGUUUUAGAUUUUCUUUAGGCGAGGGAUGUGGAGGAACACUGAAGCUCCAGCGGAUUCUUUCUACGAGGUCCGCCCGGAGUGCAGCGAUAUUCCAAAGAGCAAGUUCAAGAUCAGGGCGUGGCACAGGAGCUGAGGAUGUCUUGCUCUCAUCUGUUUACGCAGGCUGGAAAAACUCUGAGCACACGAAGAUGGCAGGCUGCAUUUAGUCCAGAAGGUCGCUUGGAUAUUGCCUCGGUCCUUAGCCGGAUACAGCGUGGGGGUGUUCAUCCUUCAAUAAGGGGAGAGGUUUGGGAGUUUCUGCUUGGCUGUUUUGAUCCUAAAAGCACUUUUGAGGAGCGAGAGCAGCUGAGACAGCGUAGGAGAGUACAGUAUGCUAGAUGGAAGGAAGAGUGUCGAGAGAGGGAUUCUCACGUUGGUAGUGGCAAGAUUAUUACAGCUCCAAUAAUCACUGAAGAUGGUGAGCCUAUUCAAGACCCACUGGUGCUUAUGGAAGCCACUUCAAAUGGUGGUGCUGAGAAUAAUGAACAUAGAGUUCAAGUUCCUUUGGAUAAGGAAGUAAUCGAGUGGAAGCUUACACUACAUCAAAUUGGUCUCGAUGUGCUUCGCACUGAUAGGACCCUGGUAUUUUAUGAGAAGCAAGAGAAUCUAGCAAAGCUCUGGGAUAUUCUAGCUGUUUAUGCUUGGAUUGACAAAGAUGUUGGCUAUUGUCAAGGAAUGAGUGAUCUUUGCUCCCCGAUGAUAAUUCUUCUUGAAGAUGAAGCAGAUGCUUUUUGGUGCUUUGAGCGCUUGAUGCGCAGACUGCGAGGAAAUUUUAGAUGCACAGAGAAAUCUGUUGGAGUAGAGGACCAACUUCAAAUUCUAGCAUCCAUCACUCAAGUUCUUGACCCAAAGCUUCAUCAACACCUAGAAACACUAGGUGGAGGCGACUAUCUCUUUGCUUUCCGUAUGUUUAUGGUAUUGUUCCGCCGGGAGUUGUCAUUUGGAGACUCAUUGUACCUUUGGGAGAUGAUGUGGGCUCUAGAAUAUGACCCUGAUACCUUCUCCAUGUAUGAAGAACCAGGGUUUCCCACUGAAAAAAAUGAGGGAUCUAAAGGGAAAGUAAAGUCGAUACGCCAGUUUGGGAAGUACGAGCGAGAGAAUAUGAAAAAUGGAUGCAAAAGUUCUGAAGCCCCUCUCCCCAUUACAGUUUUUCUUGUUGCUAGUGUUCUCAAGGACAAAAGCGCUCUGAUGCAGGAAGCACGUGGAUUGGAUGAUGUUGUUAAGAUUUUAAAUGACAUAACUGGAAAUUUAGAUGCAAAAAAAGCUUGCAGUGGGGCAAUGAAACUUCACAAGAAAUAUCUGAAAAAGGCCAAGAAAACAUAGCGUCCAAUGUAAAACACAGCUCCUCAAUACGGCUAAUUUUUCUUUCUAUCAGUUGAAUAAUAUAAAAUAACUUGCUCAAUGAUCUGGUGAUGGAGGUGCUUUCAUAUACAUUAAUUUUUUAGGGUCCGGAUCUGAUUUUCUUCUACAAACAAAGAAACGUCACUCCAGAAAUGUUUUGGAGUUGAGCUGGCAACUUGUAAGAUUAUCAAUAUGUCAGUGUUGUAUUCAUCUCAACUCAUUGUAUACACAAAACGGUGUAAAUUACCAUUGUUGCAACAUGUACCACUUAAGAAGAACAGGAAAUGCUUGGAGACUUCUUAGUUUUAAUAAAAGUUGAAAAGAAAAAUUCUGGGC